ACUACCCCUAUUGUCGAAACGGAUUGAAGAAAACGUUUCGCCACUAAUUAUAAGUGGAUCAUAUAUAUUAGAACUUACUUCAUAUAGAUAAAUGAAUCUUGGCUGACAACACAAGUCAAAAUUUCCAAUUAGCAAAAAAAUUGAUUUCAUUUCAUUUUCUCCAAUGUACAAUAAUUACUAGUAGUCAAGCUACUAUAUCACAUUUUUGCAUUUUGAGCUCCUCAAUCAAAGAAUGGAAAAUGAAAUUGAAAAUUUACAUUCCCCCUUCAUUCCUAGAGAUGAGCAUCAUCAAGAUGAGAAAAAUGAAGAAAGUCAAAGGCUGAUUUCAUCAAGUUCUACAAAGUCAACAGAAAAUUCACCGGUAAAACAGGUGGCAUUGACGGUGCCAAUAACAGAUGACCCAGAACUGCCGGUUCUGACAUUCAGAACAUGGGUCUUAGGUAUGGUGUCAUGUAUAGUGUUAUCGUUUCUAAACCAGUUUUUCUGGUACAGGACUGAGCCACUAAGUGUAACAGGCAUAGCUGCUCAGAUUGCAGUUGUGCCACUAGGCCAUUGGAUGGCUUCGAACCUUCCGAAUGGUUCGUUGUUCCGAGGAACACGAUGGGAGUUUUCGAUGAACCCGGGUCCGUUUAAUGUUAAGGAGCAUGUACUUAUUACCAUCUUUGCUAAUGCUGGAGCUGGAACAGUUUAUGCAAUACAUGUUGUUACUGCUGUGAAGAUCUUUUACAAGAAAAAUAUCACCUUCUUUGUGUCGUUGCUUGUUGUUUUAACUACACAGGUUUUGGGGUUUGGAUGGGCGGGCGUUUUUCGGCGUUACUUGGUGGAGCCAGCGGAAAUGUGGUGGCCGGCUAAUCUUGUUCAGGUUUCAUUGUUCAGGGCUUUGCACGAGAAAGAAGAACGGCCCAAAGGCGGACUUACUCGCACUCAAUUCUUCCUAAUUGCCUUCACUUGCAGUUUUGCCUACUAUGUUUUCCCAGGCUACAUUUUCCAAAUGUUAACUUCCCUUUCUUGGAUAUGUUGGGCUUGGCCCAAAUCCAUACUAGCCCAACAGGUUGGUUCUGGGCUACAUGGGAUUGGAAUUGGUGCUUUUGGUAUGGACUGGUCCACCAUUUCAUCUUAUCUUGGAAGCCCAUUAGCAAGCCCAUGGUUUGCCACUGCUAAUGUAGCUGCUGGAUAUGUGCUUCUAAUGUAUGUGGUUGUUCCAAUUACAUACUGGCUAAAUAUUUACAAAGCCAAAACAUUUCCCAUAUUCUCAAACCACCUCUUCACAUCAACAGGCUCAAUUUACAAUGUCUCUGCUAUUGUUGACUCAAAUUUUCAUUUCAAUCAGGAGGCUUAUGAUAAACAAGGUCCUCUUUAUCUUAGCACCUUUUUUACCAUGACUUAUGGUGUUGGAUUUGCGGCACUAAGUGCUACCAUUGUGCAUGUAGCACUCUUUCAUGGCAGGGAAAUAUGGGACCAAAGCAAGGCAAGUUUGAAAGAAAAGAAAAUGGACAUACAUACCAAGCUUAUGAGAAGGUACAAGGAAGCCCCUGAUUGGUGGUUUUGGGUCAUCCUUGUGGUAAACAUUGCGGUCGCCAUCUUUGCCUGCGAGUACUACAAAGAACAGCUGCAGUUACCAUGGUGGGGAGUUUUGCUUGCUUGUGCCAUUGCCUUCAUCUUCACACUUCCUAUUGGGGUUAUCACUGCUAUUGCAAAUCAGGCACCACAUUUAAACGUUAUUACUGAGUACAUAAUCGGAUACAUCUACCCUGGAUAUCCAGUUGCAAAUAUGUGCUUCAAGGUUUAUGGAAACAUUAGCAUGAAGCAAGCAGUUACCUUCUUACAAGAUUUUAAACUUGGCCAUUAUAUGAAAAUUCCACCAAGAUCAAUGUUCAUAGCACAGGUAGUAGGAACCCUCAUAUCUAGCUUGGUGUACCUAAGCACGGCAUGGUGGCUAAUGGAAACCAUUCCGGAUAUUUGUGAGAGACAUAACUCGAGCAGCGUGUGGACUUGCCCAGGCGACACUGUCUUCUAUGAUGCCUCAGUUAUCUGGGGUUUGAUCGGACCUCGAAAAAUCUUUGGAGGUGAAGGCAUAUAUGGAGCUGUCAAUUGGUUUUUCUUAGUGGGAGCUAUUGGACCAAUAUUUGUUUGGUUGGCUACAAAAUCAUUUCCUAACCAAGAAUGGAUUAGGCUUAUCAACAUGCCUAUUUUAAUAGGUGCUACAUCGUCAAUGCCACCAGCAACUGCAGUGAAUUACACAACAUGGAUUCUUGUAGGAUUUCUCUCUGGGUAUGUAGCAUUUAGGUAUGCUCCUGAAUGGUGGAAGCGCCAUAACUAUUUGCUUUCUGGGGCACUUGAUGCUGGUUUAGCGUUUAUGGGCGUAGCAUUGUAUCUUUGCUUGGGGUCAGAACAACUUAGUCUUAAUUGGUGGGGAAAUGAGCUUGAUGGAUGCCCUUAUGCAUCUUGCCCAACUGAGAAAGGUGUUGUGGUUUUAGGUUGCCCUGUUGUAGACUAGUCUAGAUAUAUACCGAUAUACGUGAUUUGUAGUGCAAAUGUACAAGCACAAUACAUUCUUUUUGCUAAACAACGUGUAAAAUUAUACAAAGAGGUUGAGGCGUGGUGGCAUAGUGGCAUCACUCCUCAUCUCGUAUCCUGAGGUUUAAGGAUCCAACCUCAUGAAACUCGUUUGAGGAAUUCCCCUUACCCUAUUAAGUGAGUCCCUUCAGGGAAAAAAAUUGAAAAAUUAUACAAAAUAUGUUAGAUUCUUUA